CAAAAUAUCCCCCAAAAAAUAUGGCCACUGUGAAUAAGGUGUUUCGUUCGGUACUGGGAAAACAUGUUCUCGUUAAUAGUGCAUCAGCUUUGUACAAGUACGUUUACUGUAAAAGUUAUUUUCUUCUGUACAAUAAUAGAACUCAGACAAUAUGUGUAAAUAUUGUGAAUGCGUAUAGCAUGUAUGGUCCUCAAUUUGUAGAGCCCAUUUACAAGAAGGAGCAGCAAGAAUCGAUGUACGAGUCCGGUGAGGUUGAAAAUAUCUUACAUGUUCCAGUUAAAGCAGCACGUGUUGAUGCUACGUGUUCUGUGUUCCAUGAUGAUCUUGUCAGGAAAUUCACAAACCAUGUGAUGAAAGAUGGAAAUAAAGUACUGGCACGGGAGUUGGUUGAGAAGGCUUUUCAGAAAAUUAAGAGAAUCCAGUUGCAGCGGUACCAUGGUGCAGAUGAUUCUGAGAAGAAAGCCUCCAUUGAAACAAAUCCAUUGAAGAUUUUCCAUAUGGCCUUAACCAAUACCAAACCUGUACUCCAGCUAACACCCAUCAAGCGUGGUGGAGUGACAUACCAGGUUCCUGUUCCUAUAACAGAUAACAGAGCUCGGUUCAUGGCAAUGAAAUGGCUAAUUCUGGCUGCCAGGGAUAAGGAUCUUAGGGUACACUUCCCUGAGAAACUUGCAUGGGAACUAGUGGAUGCAGCAGCAAAUCAGGUGUGCAGUCGCCGUCAGCUGUUAUCAUGUAUAUUUCAAGACAUGCCAAAAAAAAAAACCCUUACAUUAAGUUUGUAAAAAUGUCAAGAAAGGAAUGUAACUAUUAAUGUCAAAACUCAAAAUGCAAA